AUGGACAAGUUUACAAUCUUUAUCCUUUUAUUUGUUGCUUUUUGUGGAAAAGAUGUCUUAUGUAAAAGGCGGCCAGUGAAAAAAGAUGACGGAGGAAAGAUCGUUGGUGGUAAUGAUACUACUAUACAAACAUAUCCUUACCAGGCCUACCUACUGCUGUACGAUGGUAGGGACUACUACCAGUGUGGAGGUUCCAUCGUCAGUCAGUAUUACGUUGUAACUGCUGCACAUUGUCUUGCAAGAAUUCAAACAAUUUAUGUUCGGAUUGGAAGUACUAAUUCCGAUAGUGGUGGCUUGGAGUAUGAAACGUCUGUAUUCAGUUCCCAUCCAUUCUAUGAUGAUACGACCAGCGAUUAUGAUGUUGGUAUAGUGACCGUAGCUGAAGGGAUGACCCUGGAUGGUACUAAUGCCAGAACGAUUAGGAUGGUUGGAUACGGCUCUGAUGUUACCGAUGGGGAAACAGUGGUUGUUACUGGCUGGGGGGCGACUAGCGAAGGUGGCCCUACCUCACAGACGUUAAAGGUUACAUCAGUUCCAGCUGUAGAAAGAACACGAUGCGACGCAAUCCUCGGAGGCAUCACUACCAGAAUGUUCUGUGCAGGCUUUACUGAAGGCGGGAGGGAUACAUGUCAAGGAGAUUCCGGUGGUCCUGCGGUGACUGGCGAUUUGCUGGCUGGUGUUACAUCGUUCGGUUAUGGCUGUGCUCGCCCCAAUUCUCCAGGAGUUUAUACUCGCAUUGGCAACAUAAAUGUCAGAGCAUACAUUGCUAUCAUGACUGGUGUUUAA